AUGUCGAUGCCACUAGCCCCUCAAAUCGCGCCUUUUGACUAUCGACUUAUUCCCAGCUCUAUUCGUAGAAUACCAGAAAGCCGCAUGAAGCACUUUUUUGGAAAGAUAAUUCCAUUAAAGUUCCCUUCGGUAAAAGAUGCUUCAGCUACGUGUCGAGCUCUAGCUAAAGAUUUUGGGUUUACUCUUAAACAAGAAACAAGUUCAAGCAAGAACAUAUACUUGUACUGCUCGCGUGAAGGCAUCCCAGACUCGCGAAAGGGCAAUAAACCCAUAAAACGCAAGCGUGCAUCUAUUCGAUGCGAUUGCAAGUGGCGUAUUAUUUUAUUUCAAAACGAUGUUGAUAAGCAGUGGGAAUUUCGCCAAUCACAAAAUCCGCAGCAUUGCGAACACAAUCACGAGCUGAUACCACCAGAGCUAAUGCCGAGACCGUGGCCACCCAGCAUGCUGGAGCGUAUCGCCUAUUAUGUCAAUUUAGGCGUGCGUACUAAUGAGAUAAGGACCGCUAUUCAGCGUGAGUUUCCUGACCAGCCAUGGGACGAAAGACGUUUCUACAACAGGUUGUCCGAUGAGAGAAAAAAAGCAAAAGCACGUGAAACUGAAAAGCGUGUCAAUGCAACCAUGUCAAUGGCUGCACGUGUUGCCUCUGUAGCAUGUUCGAGUAAAGAGUGCACAGACAAAGUCCUUGCGGUGUUGCAACGCGUCUAUUACGAAAUAUGUGAUAUCGCUAAAAUAACCCCCGAACCAGCCGAGAAUGGGUUUGUGUCUUCACCAUCGCCCAAUGACUUUUCGGUUAAUUAUCCUAGUUGCGUCAUCAAUGUUAAGAAUCUACCGUCACGUCCUGGAAAGAAGAAUCAAUCAACAUCAGAAUCGAUACCACAGAGCAAAUCGAUUAAUAAUCAUAAUGACACGCUAAUACAACAAGAGCAAGAGCGCAGAGUUACUUCGGCACUCGAGUAUACGGCACAUCCAGAGAAAUCUCCAAUGUGUGAAGAAACUAGGGUUCAACGGCAACUGUUGGUAUCUACGAAAAUGGAUGAAUCCAUACUCACAAAUUAUUCAUCUAGAAUUAUGGAUAAAGAAUCCACUGUGAGUGAUGCAAGUUCCUUCGACAGUUGCAAUAGCGCGUUUCACUUCGAAAGGUCUGUGAAAGAGGCUACCGAAACACAUUCGAAUGAAUUGAUUGGGAACGAAGAUUCGGAGGUUCAACUGACAUCGAUUGACCAGAAUAUGAGAGGUUUACGAUUUGUCGAGUCUACUCGGAAUGUCGAUUAUACAACGAGCGAAGUCAAAUCGGGGAGUGAUGAAGUAGACAACGGGGUUCGAUUCGUUAUUCCGUCAAAUGCUGCUGCUUCAGUUUCAAAUGGAAGUCCACAGAUGGCAUUCGUUACCUCAGAUCCGUACAAUUGGGCGCUGUAUCACACUUCGAUGCGCCAACGUAUUCCGUCAUCACGUUUAUGUCUUACGCUUCCACCAGAAGAACUUAAUAUUACCACUUCAAUGCAACGCCAAUCGUCGCUAAAUUAUUCGCAACAAUACUCACAGACGUGUUCGCCACAAUCUAUCCCAGAUAUCCAGCACAAUACAUUGUCUUCACAUCAGUUAUCAGACCACGCACAACAGUACCAGCAAACGCAUUAUAACAAUCUCCAACCGGUGUGGUAUGCUUAA